AUGAUUUGCUGCAGGUUGCAGAAGGAAGUCAUUCCUUUGGGCAGUUUUGAGGCCUAUGUUGACAAAACCUUCGACACAGAGGCUCAAAGGGUCCAUUUGAUGGAGGGUGAUUGGUUGGAGUUUACUUUUGAGCCUUCGUGUGGAUUUUUCCUUUCGCAAAACAUGUGCCUCAGGAAGGUGUAUGCAGCAGCCUUCAAAACAGGAGGGUGCUUUCUUCGACCAUAUAUGCUCGGAUUUCGCCGAGACUUUGGGUACAGCUCGAUGUGUGAGCCAGAGCAGAUGAUUUUGCUUGCGCAGCUGUUCUUGCAAGAGGGGUUCCGGACUGACCCAGAUCUUGGUGGGACGGAGAAGAUCACGAUAUGUGACGAGAUGGAACCAUUUGCAGCUGGAUUUGUCAAAGGCUGGAGGAGGUCCACUACUUUUUUGGCAGUUCUUGCUGGCCUGAAAGCCUUGGAGAUCAAAGCAGAAGACAUUCCAAAACAAUUUGCUGCUUCUUCGAAGACAAUUCAUUGCACAGUGGGAAACUUCAGUUCCAUCAGAGAGCAGAUCUUCGCCAACCGUGGCAUCACCCUUGCCAGCACUCAGACAAGGAAGGCACCUCACGCCUUCAAUUUCUUGAGGCAAAUUGAAUGCCUGUCCAGGGCUGGCUACGGAGGAGCAAGUGCCCAGUUUGAAGCUGAUUGGCAGCAAUCCAUUGACUGGUCCAACAGCACAGCUGUUUGCAAGGCCUUCCAGAUAGGUAAAUGGGAAGGCGCAGCUGUCAGUUGUUUGCAGGCAAACGUGGAGCCAGCCAUUGUGUCCAUGCUCAGGGACUGCGUUUCAACGCGCGGCAUGCGCUCAUUCAUCUCCCACGAAGUCGUGGGUCGAGGAUGUUUCAACACAGGGUGGACUAGUGCCUCGGGAAACCAAGAGAGUUGGCACUCACAGCUCACCAACGGGCAGGACGGGGCGCUGGUGAAGUUGUUCACCCAGAGGUAUUGCCAUGACUGGGAUGCGCUCACAGAUGGCAUGAAGCGUCAGUGCACGUACAAAGAAGCGGUUUCCUUGCAUCAGGUGACGGGAUUGUUCUUGCAUUUCCUGCAGACUCUUGAAACAUAUCUUCCGAGUGGGCAGUAUCCAGCUGCUCGGGAGAAGUUGACUGGGAUGUUUCUACUUGGUGGACUGGAUGCUGAACUUCAGCUCCAGGGCGAGACCACGGUUCCUCCAGGUGAUGUGCGAGCUAUUGGCGCCUUCAGGAACUUGAUUUCGAGCCACGAGUCGCAGCAGGCCAGUGUGCAAGAAGAGCGCGCCCGUGAACGUGAGCUGAAGGUCCGGCAAGCCACGUUGGAGCAAAUCAAGGGCCAGUUGGAAGAUGACAUCAAACGGCUCCGUGAUACACUUCCAAGCAAGCAGGCGCAAACCGUUGAGACGGCUUUGGAUAUGAAAUACCUGAAGGAUCGGCAAGCGAAACAUGUUGGUGCACACAGUAGGAAGGGGUUUGAGUUUGUCGCAGAGUGGAUGCGGAAGAAUUGCCGGGUGGUCUUCAUUUCUGUCAAGGAUGAUGGCGAAGGUUCCAGCAUGAGCAAUACCCUGAGUGAGUUUUCCAAGUACAUCGCAGAGCGUGGCAACACUACGGGGACAACGCAUGUGAUUUGCUCCAUUGACGCAACCCUGUGGCCAGCCAGCAACCAGUACAUGCUGGACAGCGUGAGUUUGAUGCAGAACGUGUGCGCGCUUGGUCCGCAGAAUGUUGGCUUGGUGCAGAACCCAGUUUUUCAUGCAGGCACCACGAUGCAAGCGCUUGUCAAGCAUUCCCGCAGAUUGGAGGACGCGCUCAUGAAGAGCGAGCUUGACAUCACGCAAAGAGUCACUCUACUCUUUCAGAAGGAGGCUGCCCGUCAAGGGAGUGACAAAAGGCCUCUGACACAGGUCGCAGUGAGUCCGGUGGCAUCGAAAGCAUGCAAGUGGAGCGACUGCGAGGUUCAUCAGACUGGGCUUGUGGGACCCCUGAAGGGCGUUGCUUGUCAUCGGAUGAUCGUGGAGGGCUUUUUGCGCGGCAUGAGCUUCAACUGCGAUCACGACACGGUGGUGCUGUUUGAUGUGUAUGCUGAGUUCAGCAAAGCGAUCGUGGAGAUGACGCUUGAGGGGAAGAAGCCAGAUCAGCCAGACUUGAUUUACUACGGCGUCUUCAGAGACGAUUCAGACAGGCCUGGGGCAAGUCAGAUCCACAAAAAGGUGUUGCAUGACAUCGAAAGCAAAAUCUUCCAGCAUUGGGAUGGAUUGUCGUCUUCGCCUUCAAAGACUCGACCAAAGUCGCAGCCAAGCAGGCUUGUGAGCGGGCUGACUUUGAUCAGCUGCACGGAGCAAGGCCCCAUGUGGCCAAGCUCCCUCAACUCCAAGUUUGCGGCUGGUUCACCUGAAGCAAAGGAGUUGGAGACACUGAUGAAGGAGUUUAAUACAGAGUUCCCACCGCCAUCGAACACGAACACCUCAUCCGGAACUACUGCGACUACUCCUGCUUCUACCACGCAGCGAGCCAGCGGCCAGCCUGACUUCUCAGUCGACGGAGGAAAAGAACCUCUCGACGUCACCCGGGUCGUGGAUCUGUUGGUGGAAGCCCCACCACCUCCUGAUCAGAGGCUUUGCUGCGUGAAUGGACGGGCUUCCAAACCCAAUGUGCUGGUGGACAAGCACUACAAGAUUUGGAUUGGGAACCCUGGCGACCAGGAGGCAAGCUACAGCGGAGAGAUCUUUGGAUUUAACACCGGGUCCUUUGAGUACAAGGUGAUCAACCAUACGUCCAAGAGGGACGCCUCAGGCAUAGCGUUCCGUUUGACCACGGACACGGACCUCAUUGUGCACGACAAGGUUGUUCUUCCAUUUUGCAAGUUUUUGCACAAUGCUGCCGUGAAACAUGGACUGGCUGACGUGACCUUGACGGACCACCUGCUCGAGCCGAAGCUCCAUCCGGCUGUUGAGGGUGAACAAGAACAGCUACCUGUGAGUUUUCGAUACAAUGUGCGUCCUGCCGCAUCCAUGCGGACAAAUGUGUUCAAAGCCAACCCGUUGCAGCAGAAUGCUGAUGUCAAGUUCAACAACCUUGGUGCCAUCUUUGUGGGGAAGUGGCAGGAUCUCCCAGAUUCAAAGGUGUUGGAUGUACUUUGGGAGGCUGGCGGGUCGUUGGAAGGCGUUCUAGGCGCAACCGACACAUUAAGGCUAGUUCAGAUGCAAGGCAACAAAAUUGUGCCUACGAAGCCGAAGAUGCACCUCACCGCUGUCGUCACUGUCCCGCCCAAUUCAUGGGUCCAACUGCCGUGA